UACAAACCCCACCCCCGGCCGCUCCCCCGCCGGCGAGGCCCGGCCCAUGGCGAGGAGCUCCGCGGCGGCUCGGAGUGGCCGCUUCUUACCCGCGCCAGAGCGGCCCGCAGGUAGCGGCGGCCGCAGCUCGCCAUGCGCGACUACGACGAGGUGGCCGCCUUCCUGGGCGAGUGGGGCCGCUUCCAGCGCCUCGUCUUCUUCUUGCUCAGCGCCAGCAUCAUCCCGAACGGCUUCAACGGCCUCUCCAUCGUGUUCCUGGCCGGCACCCCCGAGCACCGGUGCGUCGUGCCCAGCGGGGCCAACCUGAGCGCGGAGUGGCUGAACGCCAGCAUCCCGCUGGAGCUGCGGGGCGGGCGGGCCGUGCCGAGCCGCUGCCGCCGCUACCGCCUGGCCGCGCUCACCAACUUGUCUGCGCUGGGGCUGCGGCCCGGCUCCGACGUGGAGCUGGGGUCGCUGGAGCAGGAGCCGUGCCGGGACGGCUGGGAGUACAGCCGAGAUGUCUACCGCUCCACCAUCGUCACCGAGUGGAACCUUGUGUGUGACAACGACUGGAAGGGACCCCUCAGCACCUCCCUGUUCUUUGUGGGCGUCCUGCUUGGAUCUUUCAUAUCGGGACAGCUCUCAGACAAGUUUGGCAGGAAGAAAGUGCUGUUUGCAACUCUGGCGAUGCAGACUGGCUUCAGCUUCAUACAGGUCUUCUCUACCAGCUGGGAGAUGUUUUCAGUGUUAUUCUUGCUGGUCGGCAUGGGGCAGAUCUCCAACUACGUGGCAGCGUUUGUUCUUGGCACAGAGAUCCUUGGCAAGUCAAUCCGGGUGCUGUUCUGUACCCUGGGCGUCUGCAUCUUUUAUGCAUUUGGCUACAUGUUGCUGCCACUGUUUGCUUACUUCAUCAGGGACUGGCGGAUGCUGCUGCUGGCGCUCACUUUACCUGGGCUGCUCUUCAUCCCGCUCUGGUGGGUCAUUCCGGAGUCUCCUCGGUGGCUGAUAUCCCAGGGAAGGUUUCAGGAGGCAGAAGACAUCAUCCGAAAGGCUGCAAAAACUAACGGCAUUACAGCCCCAGAUGUGAUACUUCACCCGAGUGAUCUGCAAGACCUGGAUUCCCAGAAGCAGCAGACAUACACCAUUUUGGAUCUAGUGAGAACCCGAAAUAUCCUCACUAUCACGAUUAUGUCAGUGAUUAUUUGGAUGAUCAUCUCUGUCGGUUAUUUUGGACUGUCUCUUGACACACCUAACCUGCAUGGAGAUGUCUACGUGAACUGCUUCCUCUCGGCAGUGAUUGAAGUUCCAGCCUACAUUAUCUCCUGGCUGCUGCUUCGAAAUCUCCCGCGACGGUACUCAAUGGCAGCUGCGUUAUUCUUGGGAGGCUGUGUUCUUCUCUUCAUUCAGCUCGUGCCUUCACAUAUUCGUGCACUAUCUAUUCUGCUGGUGAUGCUGGGGAAAUUUGGGAUCACGUCUGCCUUUUCAAUAGUUUAUGUUUACACGGCUGAGCUCUACCCAACAGUAGUGAGAAACAUGGGAGUUGGAGCGAGUUCCAUGGCCUCUAGGCUGGGCAGCAUCCUCUCGCCUUACUUCGUUUACCUCGGUGCCUAUGACCGAUUCCUGCCUUACAUCUUGAUGGGGAGCCUUACUGUGCUAUCAGGAAUUCUGACUUUAUUUCUACCAGAAAGCUACGGAAUGCCUCUUCCAGACACCAUUGAUCAAAUGCUGUUGGUGAAAGGAUUAGAAUACAGACCUGCCUUUAGAAACAAAAGGGAUUCCAAGGAGGAAGAAGAAAAUCCAGAGAUCUUUAAAAGCACAGCUUUUUGAUGGAACUCCUGUGUACUUCCCUGGUGGACUGGAAGUUAAAUGGACUUUUUCUUCUAAAAUGCAUUCUAGAAAGGGCUAGUGGCAACACUUCCUGUAAUUUUAACCUUAUUUAUUAAUUUAAACACUGUGUUCCAUAUAUUCUCUUUUUAUAUGAGCAGAAGUAGUGUAUAGCCUUCAAUGAGGUUUGUCAGCCACAGCUGGUUUAAUAGAGCAGUACCAUGAACAGUAUCUGAGCAAUCCUGUGUAACUUUAAGUGUGUAGUUCAGCUGAAAGAUGCUUGAAAAUGAGUUCAGGGGCUGGCAGGUACCUGGAUUCCUCAGUGAACCUUCCCCACAGCUAAUGCACAUCAAGAAGUCAAAAUUGCCAGACAAAGCUGCUUAUUGGGUUUGAUUGCUGAACUUCUGUCUCCAGACAGGAAACUUAUUUAUUAAGUGGAGGUGAUGGGAACGUGCCCCUGAUCUCACUCAAAUGACUUUGCACAUGCUGAGUUGGCCACCAAAUUCAGGAAGAUGCAAAGAAAGAUUUUGAGAGUGAACUGGAACUUGGUGUGUUCUCACUCAACACAGAUGGAAAGGGCUCUCUUGCACAAACUCUUUGUAAGCACUGAAGCUUUGCUCAUGAAAUUCACUUGAUUCCAAUGCUGGUUUUUGACUCUACCUGCACUGUGAAGCUGUUUACAUCUGGCCCUGCCUGUGGCCUGCUUCCAGGCCAGGCUUACUUUAAAUGAUGCAGAAGGUUUUGUCUGUGUGUGGAGGGAGCGGUGGUAUUUGGGGUUGGUCUGCUUUGGUGGGUGGUGGAUGUUUUGUGCCUGUUGUUUUAACGUCUUCUGUGCAAUUUGGAUGGUGGAAACAAUUCUGUCCUUGCUCUGUGCUUUUCACACACGUGCACGUUCACACGCACACAGUAUAUUUAGAGCUAUGUUUUGUGUUAAUCCGUAGCACUGUGGCCUCAUGGUGGAACGUACUGAGAACAAACUUCAGAACAUGUUUCUGAGCACUCACUCUCGAUUCUCAGGUGCCAACACUACAACUACUGUGAGGUCUGUUAUUUCACUCAGCUCUCAUGUAAUCACUCAGUUGUUCUCAACCUGUUUAAAGAAAGAGAUCUUGUUGACAGUCUGCCAAGAAAUUGUUCAUUGAGUCGUGGGAGCACCCUUGGCAUUACCUGUGUUCCUUUAAACACAGGCAGUAUAUCUGUACACCCCAUCUCGUUCGUGCUGUUCUGAUUAUACUUGGACGGAUGUGAAUGGUAAAAGAUUUCUCUCUUAUGGCACUUGUCUGUAUUUUGUUCUGUCUUGUUGAGACGUAAUAAACAGAACCUAAACCUUUGUA